GAGCGCUGGAAAGUGAAGUUUGACGAACAGGACGAGGAAAUGCAUGUGCAGGUGGCAGCACGUAAGACGAUGACCAUGCAGAUGAGUGAGCUGCUCAAUGAGAAGGAGGACGAGAUCGAUAUCCUCAAGCGCAAGAUGAUGCGGCAGGCAUCCAUGCUGUCACAGGCGUCGCUGCAAUUGCAGAACACCGACCAUUCCCCAGUGAUACAGAGGAAGAACUCGUCACUAUCACAACAAGAAUCAGGGCUGUCUGUAUAUGAGGACGAUGGCCAUGAGACUCAGUCGGGUGUCAGGAAUAGCGUCCACAAUGAUGAACCAUCAAGGCAAUCGGACAGCAAAGAGAUUAGCGAGAAUACGUAA